AGAAGAAAACGUUGACAGGAAGCAGGAGGGACUGUUGCGGCUGAAGGCCUCCAGCAUGGCGGGCAGACGAGCUCUGAAGGCUGUGCUCAUUGACCUGAGUGGAACUCUGCAUAUAGAAGACACAGCAGUGCAGGGAGCGCAGGACGCCCUCAACAGGUUGCGGCAGGCUUCUGUAGCUGUCAAGUUUGUGACCAACACAACCAAGGAGAGUAAGAGGAUCUUGUUUGAAAGGCUGCAACGCCUCAACUUUAAUCUCCAGGAAAAUGAGAUCUUCACUUCUCUGAGUGCAGCGAGGAGUUUGUUAGAGCAGAAACAACACAGACCUCUGCUGCUGGUGGAAGACAGCGCCCUGGAAGACUUCACCGGGAUUGAUACAUUGGAGCCAAAUGCUGUCGUCAUUGGACUCGCUCCCGAUCACUUCAACUACUCAACACUCAACAAGGCUUUCAGAAUGAUUCUGGAUGGAGCUCCGCUCAUCGCCAUCCAUAAGGCUCGCUACUACAAACGGAAGGAUGGGUUGGCCCUCGGCCCCGGGCCUUUCGUGACGGGACUGGAGUACGCAACAGACUGUAAAGCUACUGUAGUUGGAAAGCCUGAAAAUACCUUUUUUACACAGGCUCUGUCUGAUUUAGGAUGUUGCCCCAGUGAAGCUGUUAUGAUAGGAGAUGAUGCCAGAGAUGAUGUAGGCGGGGCUCAAAAUGCAGGCAUGUUGGGUAUUCUUGUCAGAACUGGUAAAUACAGAGAAGGGGAUGAAAAUAAAAUAAGCCCACCUCCCUACCUGACAUGUGACAGUUUCCCAGAUGCUGUUGAACACAUCCUGCAAAAUCUGCUAUAAGCUGCAAGUAAAAAGUAAACUUCCACCCUUUCAUUUGCACAAGUAAAACACUGGUAGUGUUUUAACAGUGAAGACAAUUAAGAUAAAAUUAUUGUCCUCAAAACAUCCUGAUAAGGGGAAAACAGUCAUGCUGUAGUAGUUUGACUCGAGUACAUAAAGUGGUCCAUCUGAUUGUGUUUUCCAUCUGCAAGACUGGAGGAAAAGGAAUUGUCAUAAAAUAUGUAUUUCAGAAGUACCAGUCACAAUAACAGUUUUGUUGCAU